UCUGCCGCUGGAGCGCCAGCGCCGGUCGGCACGCAUCGCUCUCCGAGAGAGGUCGACCGCUCAACUUCUGCGUGCGACCUGCAGCAUUACGGCUCACUCAUUGCGGCGCCAUGAUCUCCGCCUUCUUCAUCUUCAAUCAGAAGGGCGAGGUGCUCAUCUCGCGCCUCUUCCGGUCCGACCUCAAACGCUCCAUCGCGGACAUCUUUCGCAUCCAGGUCGUGUCGAACCCGGACGUCCGUUCGCCCAUCAUCACCCUCGGCAGCACCAGCUUCUUCCAUGUACGCCACGAGAACAUCUAUGUGGUCGCCGUGACAAAAUGCAACGCCAACGCUGCGCUCGUCUUUGAGUUCCUCUAUCGCGCCAUCCAGAUCGGACGCAGCUACUUUGGCAAGGUGGACGAGGAGGCGAUCAAGAACAACUUUGUCCUCUUCUACGAGCUGCUGGACGAGAUCCUCGACUUUGGCUAUCCGCAGAACAGCGAGACCGACACGCUGAAGAUGUACAUCACCACCGAGGGCGUCAAGUCGGAGCAGGCGGUGCGCGAGGACAGCGCCAAGAUCACCAUCCAGGCCACCGGCGCGACGAGCUGGCGGCGAGCCGACGUCAAGUACCGCAAGAACGAGGCGUUCGUCGACGUCAUUGAGAAUGUCAAUCUGAUGAUGGGCGCCAAGGGAAAUGUGCUGCGCGCCGAUGUCGACGGGCAGAUUCUCAUGCGCGCAUAUCUGAGCGGCGUGCCCGAGUGCAAGUUCGGGCUCAACGACAAGCUCGUGCUCGAGAAGAGCGAUCGGAAACGAGGUGCGGCGUCGGAUGCUGCGGAUGUCGAGCUCGACAGCUGCCAGUUCCACCAGUGCGUCAAGCUGAACAAGUACGAGACCGACCGGAGCAUCAGCUUCACCCCGCCCGACGGCGAGUUUGAGCUCAUGCGCUACCGGUCGACGACGAAUGUCAAUCUGCCGUUCAAGGUGCACCCCAUCGUCGACGAGGUCUCGAAGAGCCGCGUCGAGUACAACAUCAACCUCAAGGCCAACUUUGACGCCAAGCUCAGCGGCUCGAACAUCGUGCUGCGCAUCCCCACGCCGCUCAACACGACGAAUGUCAAGUGCCAGGUGCUGCUCGGCAAGGCCAAGUACGUGCCCGCAGACAACCUGAUCGUGUGGAAGAUCCCCAAGAUGCAGGGCAUGACCGAGGUGACGCUGCAGGCCGACCUUGAGCGCAGCGCCACCACUACGCAGAAGACAUGGAGCCGCGCACCGAUCGAAGUCGACUUCCAGGUGCUCAUGUUCACCGCGUCAGGGCUGCUCGUGCGCUUCCUGAAGGUCUUUGAGAAGAGCAAUUACCAAAGCGUGAAAUGGGUGCGCUAUCUCACCCGGGCGCAGGGCACGUAUGCCGUGCGCUUCUGAGCUGUGACCGCAUGCCGCACAGCGCCCAGAUAUGCGUCCCCUGCCAGCGCCAGUUGUACGCGCACGCAAGACCAUAAUACACUGCUUCUUCCCGGCGCCGCUGGAGGAGGACCGGGCAGGCGUCCACACCCCAGCACCUUC